AUGAAACUUUACUAUAUUGGAAUCUUGAAAACUGGAGGAGAAAAAGCUGUUGAAUUAACAUCAGCUAAAGAUUUAGCACAAUUUCUGUUCUUUGAAAGAACCGGAGUUUCACAAUUCAUGACAUUCUUUUCAGAAACUGUUAGUCAAAGAACAGAUAGUGGUGUUAGACAAAGUGUUGAAGAAGGAAAUUAUAUUGGACACUGCUAUGCAAGAUCUGAAGGCUUAGCAUGUGUAAUCAUCACUGAUAAAGAUUAUCCAAAAAGACCAGCUUAUACAUUAAUUAACAAAAUUUUAGAAGAAUACUUAGCUUUACAUCCAUCAAGUGAAUGGAAAAACAUCAAUGAAACUAACCAAUCAUUAAAUUAUGAUAACUUAAAUCAAUAUUUAAAGAAAUAUCAAGAUCCAAGUCAAGCUGAUUCUAUAAUGAAAGUUCAACAAGAAUUAGAUGAAACCAAGAUUGUUUUACAUAAGACCAUUGAAAAUGUUUUACAAAGAGGUGAGAAAUUGGAUUCUUUAGUUGAUAAAUCAGAAGCUCUUUCAUCAUCAUCAAGAAUGUUCUAUAAACAAGCUAAGAAAACAAAUUCAUGUUGUGUUAUUAUGUAA